AUGGACAGAGAUCUGAGUGAAGACGACAGUGUGGUGGACCUCAGUUUCGAGGCUGACAGUCCUCUGGUGCCCCCCACCGAACUCCUGGAGAGACUGCCCAGCUAUGACUGGAUUCUGCAAGGUGGCGGACAGCAGAUAUUCUUCCCACCUUCAGAGGCCCCAGGGAGGCCCCAGGAACAAAGGUCCUGGUCCUCGUUCCUGGAACACAGAAGAGUCCCUGCAGUGACGGAGGAGGUGGCCCGUGAAGCCCUCCUCAGCUUUGUGAACUCUAAAUGCUGCUAUGGCAGUGCAGCCGCUGGCAACCUCACCAUCCGGGAGCUGAAGCAGCAGACCCUCUGCAGGUAUCGACUAGAGACCUUUAGCGAAUCCAGGAUAAGCGAGUGGACCUUUCAACCCUUUACUAACCACUCAGUAGAUGGGCCACAGAGAGGCACCUCCCCCAGGCUCUGGGACAUCAAGGUCCAGGUCCCCCCGAUGUUUCAGGAAGACACCAGGAAGUUCCAAGUCCCUCACUCAUCACUGGUCAAGGAAUGUCACAAAUGCCAUGGGCGUGGGCGGUACAAGUGCAGCGGCUGCCACGGGGCAGGUGUGGUGAGGUGCCCAUCCUGCAGCAGAGCCAAGCGCAAGGCCAAGCAGCCCCGGAGGUGCCAGAUGUGCUCGGGGUCUGGCAGGCGCAGGUGCAGCACAUGCUCAGGUAGGGGGAACAAGACUUGUGCCACCUGCAAGGGGGAGAAGAAACUGCUGCACUUCAUCCAGCUGGUCAUCGCGUGGAAGAACAGCCUGUUCGAAUUUGUGUCUGAGCACCAGCUCGAUUGCCCCAGGGAGCUCCUUGCUAAAGCCAAGGGAGAAAACCUCUUUAAGGAUGAAAACUCAAUGGUGUACCCGAUUGUCGACUUCCCCCUGCGAGAGAUCUCUCUGGCCUCCCAGAGGGGCAUUGCUGAGCACAGUGCUGCCCUGGCUUCCCGCGCCCGCAUCCUGCAGCAGCGCCAGACCAUCGAGCUGAUCCCCCUCACAGAAGUUCACUACUGGUACCAAGGAAAGACUUAUGUCUACUACAUCUACGGCACCGACCACCAGGUGUAUGUGGUAGACUAUCCUGAGCGGUACUGCUGUGGCUGCACCAUCAUCUGA